AUGGCUGAAGCCUGGCGGUCACCGCAGCAGCAGCAGCGGCAGCAGAAGCCCGCCGCCUCGCCCCUCACCGCACCCUCGGCAGAUCAAUGCACUGUGCCCGUCCGCUCCAUCGCGAAAGUCGGCGGCGGCGGCGGGGAACGGACGAUGGCGAGGCAGGGAAUCGGGAAAGAAUUUUUUGUCUUCCUUCGCUGUCUGUGCGGGCGGGAGCAUGGACCGCAAAUGAAGAGACUCGUCACAAUCACAAACGAGUGUUUCGAACGCGUGAGCCCGACGCCAAGGGCUUUGCUGCGCCAGCCGCCCAACCUACCUGACUGGAUGGAUGGUGGUGGUGGCGGUGGUGACACUCAGUUCGCACCAAACUGGGAUGCCCGGAUCGCUGCUGGAAUUUGUUGGUGCCGUGCCGCGUGGCACAGCGCACUCCAGGGCUGCAGGAAUGGGGGGGCCGCCAGACGGGAGUGGGCUGGAUGGGAUUGCCGGGCUGAACUGGAUGGUGUGGGCGGUCGGGCGAGACGGGACAGAACCACGGGAUUCGCUGCGCGUCUGCCAGAAACGCUGCGCGUGCACCAAGCCCGCAGCACGCCAUUGCGCCAACCUGGAAGGCGGGCAGACCUGGCUGGGCUGGCUGGGCUGGCUGGCUGGGAUCGUGGGGAUCGGGAGUUGAGGAAGGACUGGAAGCUGAGCCGUCGGGCGCGCGCUUUUCCUCAACUCGAGACGCAUCAUCAGUCAAGAUAG